AUGUCUUCUAUGAUCACUGCGACCGCGUGGGUGCGGCGAGGCGUCGCUGCCCAAUUUCCCACGAAGUAUGAGAUCGACGAGGAGGAAAUGAACCGGAUAUCCAAGCUUGCGAAGAUGCAGCUCGAGGAUGCCCAGGGGGAGUUGAGCGCCGCUAGAGAAGGCAAGGACAAGGAAGACGAAGACAUGGAUGAGGAUAAAAAGGAGGGCGGUCAGGAUUCUAUGGAGGAAGACACAGCGCAGAACGCGGAGAAGAAUGGCAAGACAAGUUUUAAUGAUGAUGAUGAUCUCAAGGAAUACGACCUCGACCAUUACGACAGUGAUGAGGUCGAUGAGGAGGGAGAGAAGGUCACAAUGUUCGGCAAUGUCAAGUCGCUGGCAUAUCAUCAGCCCAACGAGGAAGACCCAUACCUUGUUAUUCCCGAAGAUGAGGAAGACGAGGAGAGAGAAGAGCUACAGAUUCUUCCCUCCGAUAACCUGCUUCUUGCGGGUAAGGUUGAGGAUGAGGUGGCUCAUCUCGAAGUCUAUGUCUACGAGGAUAGGGAAGAUAAUCUCUACGUGCACCACGAUAUCAUGCUACCUGCCAUUCCCCUUUGCGUCGAGUGGUUGGAUAUCCCUGUCGGUAUGAACGCAGGCGACCGGACUACUGGAAACUUCGUCGCUGUGGGAACUAUGGAGCCCGAUAUCGAGAUCUGGGACUUGGACAUUGUCGACUGCAUGUAUCCCAACGCUAUCCUGGGACAAGGCGGUGCCGACCUCGAGGGAGAGGGCAAAAAGGCCAAGAAACCGAAGAAGAAGACCAAGGCCAACGAUGAUUUCCACGUCGACUCGGUCCUUGCCUUGGCCGCGAACCGCCAGCACCGCAAUCUGCUCGCAUCUGCCUCGGCCGAUCGCACCGUCAAACUCUGGGACCUCAACACCACCAAGUGCGCCAAAUCCUACUCACAUCAUACGGACAAGGUGUGCUCGCUCGACUGGCAUCCCAAGGAAUCGACAGUCCUGCUCACCGGUAGUUACGACCGUACCGUUGUGGCGGCAGACAUGAGAGCCCCCGACGCCAAGGCCCGCUGGGGAGUGGACGCCGACGUCGAGACCGUCCGCUGGGACAUGCACGAUCCCAACUUCUUCUACGUAACAACAGACGGUGGUAUGGUCUACCGCUUCGACAUAAGGAAUAUCCCCGCGACACCCAAGGAGUCCAAACCAGUCUGGACCCUACAGGCGCACGAUUCCUCUGUAUCAUCGUUCGACAUCAACCCCGCCAUCCCAGGCUUCCUGGUUACCGGAUCCACCGACAAGCAGGUCAAGCUCUGGAAUGUCGAGAAUGACAAGCCCAGCAUGGUCGUCUCUCGCAAGUUGGAGGUCGGCAAGGUGUUCUCGACCACCUUCGCUCCCGAUCCGGAGGUGAGCUUCCGUCUGGCGGUGGCCGGCAGCAAGGGAGUGGUUCAGAUCUGGGAUACUUCGACCAACGGUGCUGUUCGCCGGGCCUUUGUGUCCCGUAUGCCUGCUUUCGAGGGCGAAGUCAAGGAGCGCAUGAUUGGAUUGCCUGCUGAUAACGACGAGUCGGAUGACGAUGACGGAGGCGAGGAGGCUGGCGCUGCGCAGGGCGGUGAUGGCUGGGAAUCGAUGGAUGAAGACUAA